AUGAUGCAGAAGAAGCUUACCUAGACAAAUAGACAAGCUAAAACUUAAGAAUUUACUCCAUCCUAAUUGAUUUAGAAGCAAUUAUCAGGAUAGAUUUUUGAAGAUGCACAUCCCAAAAUCAAAAUCAUUGAAUUCUAGAAUCUGGCUGACUUCUCCUCUCAACCAGUGAGUAGUGUCCCAAUCGACGAACCGCUCUUUGAUCCGAUUCCACCAAUAAUACAAUUCACAGACUAUGAGCCAUUGCAAAUUAAGGAGAAGAUUUUCAAAUUGCGUAACAAAGAUCGGGUAGCAAGAAGAGUUAAAAUAUACAAGCCAGACUCUCGUCUAUUUUAAGUUGUGCCUCAAGGCAUUUAUUUUAUCAUUAUCAUCCUCUAGGUAGCACCAGGCAUGGAAACCAACUUCAUUAUUCGUUUUUCUCCUGAGUCCAAAUCAGAUUAUAAUUACGAUGUUAUUGUUGAGACAGAAAGAGAGAAAUUUGUUGUACCAAUAGUCGCUGUUGGCAAAAGAGCCAUGAUAGACUUUCCCGAUUCUCUUGACUUUGGUAAUUGUCCUGUCAAAUACACCACCGAAAAACCAGUUAUCAUUAGAAAUUUAGGAGAGAAGACCACCAAAUGGUUCUUGAAACUACCCUUGGGGUUUGAUGCCGACAAGAGGGAAGGAGUCUUGGAAUACGGCAAGAAUGAGCAAAUUGUCAUCAAAUUCUUUCCAACAGAAGCUAGGUCCUACAAGAACAAGGCUAUUUUAUAGUACGAUAAUAUGGAAGCCUAUGUGCCCAUCAUUGGAGUGGCUCAUAAUGGAAACGUUUACCUCUCCAAAAGUCAGAUCAAUAUGACUGAGGCCUUUAUUGGUCUCCAAUUACAACAGACAUUAUAGAUUAUUAACAAAUCGAAUGUGAAAGUAGAUUUUGAAUGGAGAGCCUUUGCGACAGAAAAGGAGGAAUAGGAGAAGAAGAACAGAUUGAGAAACCAAUUGGAAGAAGAAGAGGCUGAGGAGAGAAUGCUUAUCAAAGAGUUAGUGUCAAAUGAAGGAGUACAUGAGGAAUUGGAAUUGGAAGAAGAUGAAGACAGUGAGGAGGAAGAGAGAGAUGAAAAAGCUAUUAUUUUGAAGAGACAGAAGAAGGCUGAAUUGCAAUUGGCAAGGAAAUAUCGAAACAUUCGUAAGGCUAUUGAGGAUGAUCUACUUCUAUUCAUUGAUGAUAUAUUCACAAUUGAACCCACAUAAGGUCAGAUUUGGCCGAAUUCAGAGAUGACAGUUACAGUAACCUUUGUGCCUAGAAGUGCAUUUCUCUAUUAGACUGUGGCCUAUUGCAACAUCUCAUGUUCAGAGGAAAGACUGCCAUUGAAUUUGUAUGGACAAGGCAUGGGACCAAGGGCAUUCUUAAGUGUUUAUGAAGUGAAUUUAGGAGAUGUGUUUGUGAAUGAAAUUCAUAAGACUGAGGUUGUCAUAGAAAACAGAGGCGAAAUAGAAUGUAAAUUCGAGUUGAUGCCAAAUGAAAGAGCAUUUGGUAAGAUGUUCAAAUUUGAUGUUGAGAGAGGUGUAUUAGCAGUUGGUCAAAGAAUGCCAUUCACAAUUACGUUCAAAUCCAGCAUACCAGGUGAAUUCAAAGAGACUUUCAGAUGGAAAUUAGAAGGAUCUACAGAUUAAUUAACUAUACUAUUUAUUGGACAUGUGAUUGCUCCUACAUUCAAUUUCUAAGAUGAGAAAAUUCAAUUCGGUACUGUCAGUUAUUCAUUCGAAUAAACUAAGAGUAUAAGAAUGACUAACACAUCUACAGUUGCAUUUACAUAUGAACUUAAGAUCCCUGGAGAUGGGAAAUUAGCUGAGAGGGAAUUUGAAAUUGAACCCAGAAGAAAUACCAUCUAGCCUAAAAAUUUCGAUGUAAUUAAAGUGACCUUCAUUCCAAAAUAAAUUAAGACUUAUGAAUAAGUCAUGGUUGUAGACAUUGAAGGUGUUGGUUAAGAUAUGUUAUCGAUACCAAUUACAGCUGACUGUUAAGCUCCAAGAGUGGAAUUGAGACCAAGUGAUAGACUGAAUUUCAACAAAGGAGAUGAUUAAAAAGUAUUCUUAAGGAAUCCAUGCAAAUCAAGAGUGGAUUUAAUUAAUACAUCUGAAUUACCAGCCAAAUUUGUUGUUUUAUCUCAGAAUGAUGAGUAUAAAGUAUUAGCAGAUUAUACAGUGGAGCCAUCCAGUGGUAAGAUCAAUGGUAAUUCAACUAUGUCAUUGGAAGUGACAUUGACUACUAAGAAAUUAUAUGACAUUACACUGCCAUUGUAAAUAAAUAUAGUUGGUACCAAUAAUGGAUAGCCUCACGUGAUAACAAUUGUAGCAUUUUCAGAAGGACCAAAGGUGAAAACAUCAAAGACAGAAUUGGAUUUCGGAAAUGUUGAAGUCUUAAAGGAUUAUUCCCUAAAAUUAACAUUGACCAAUGAUAGUGAUAUUGAGGCUGACUUCCAUGCCUUCACAAAGAACAAAGUCUCAAUAUUUAAACCCAUCCAAAAACAUGGAAUUAUAAAACCAAAGGAGAGUUGUGAAAUUGAAGUGCUUUGUAGUGCUGAUGAUGCUGUGAAGGUUACUGAUGUCCUUCAUUUUGUUAUCAAGGAAGGUGAUGACGUAGAAGUCUAAUUGAAAGCUAAGGGAGUUGGAUCAACAAUAUUCUGUAAGGAUGAUUUAUCAUCUGUGAAUAUGGGAGUUAAUUAUACUCACAGAAAAGUGACUAAGGAGAUCUUUGUUGAGAAUAAAGGCAGGAAACAAUAAAAAUUACAAUGGACUCAAAAGAAACCACAAUAGAAGAAGGAAGAAUAAGAUUAGAAGAAUAACAAGGCUCCUCCUCCCCCAGAAGAAGAAUCAGUGUUCUCAAUUGCUCCUGAUACAAUAGUUUUACCUCCUAAGCAUGGAAUCAUGUUCUAAUUCAGAGGGUACUCAUAGAAGAAGGGAAAGAUUUCAGAGAUUUUUAUGUUAAAUUCUACAAUAGGCACUGAAAGAAAAGCAAAUCUACUAUUUGCCACAACAAUUGAAGGUGAUUUCAUCCAACCAACUUUGUAAUUCUCAGAGAGGAAACUUUUCUUUAAGUAUUCAUGGGAGAAGAAUGUUCCAUUUAUGCCUAUUUCGAAGAAUCUCGAAAUCACUUGUGCUUGUCCCCUACCUGUAAACUUUGAUUUAAAGUGUCAAUAACCCUUCACUGUGAAUUAGGAUAAGUUGUAAUUGAAUCCAGGUAAGAGUGCAGUAGUUAGAAUUGAUUUUGAUCCUGCUUUUAAAUCUGAUCGUAAAUCUGGUGAUUUAGAAGGCAAACUACAACUGUCUCAUUAUGAACACCCUCAUAAGGAUCUGAUUGAUUUGAUUGGGUAGGUCCACUUUCCAAAUUUAAUCAUGGAAACAAAUCUUAUUAAUUUUGGAUCAAUUUUAUAUGACACAACAAAGAAGAUGGUUAUGACAAUGAAGAAUCAAAGUGAAAUGGCACUGAAUUAUGAAUGGACUUUCGUAAGUGAAGAGUUGUCUCUUCAAGGGCAAUAGCCAAAUAUUCCAAUUAAUGAAAUCUUUGAUAUCUUACCAUUAAGUGGUUACAUGGAACCUGGGUCAGAAGAACAAGUAGAAUUUGUGUAUAAUGCAAUUGGAGGACAAAGAUUUAAAACCACUGCUGUCUGUCAUGUUGAUGGUGGUCCUGAGUACGAGGUGACUUUGGUGGGAGAUAGUAGUUUAUUAUCAUCUAAAAUGAGCACUACUUUGAUUGAAUUAGGAGAUGUGAGAUUUUGUGAAUGGGUUUCUAGAGAAUUUACAAUUGAGAACACAGGAAAGGUUACUUUUGAAUUUAAGAUUGACUUGAGACACAUAAAGAAGAAGGGAUUCGUUGAUGUACAACCAUAAAAUGGAAAGAUUGCAGGAGGUGAAAAACUCAGAAUCACAGUAAGAGUGUCACCAGUAAUACCUGCAGAGUUCAAGGAAAUUAUAUUGGUCUUUUUCCAACCCAUUACUAUAAUUGGAAGAGGUGUCUAUCCUUCAAUGGUGGUGUAACUGCCAAGAUCUGAAAAUCCCUUAUUUUAGUAGAAGUUUGAUGUUGAAAUUGCUAAGAAGAAGGCUGAUUUGGAGACUCAGACUAAGAGGGCUUAACUCAUAGCCAAGACAUAGAAUCAGAAGGUUUAAGUUAAGACUUUGGAAUAAGUAUAGUUGGAAGUCGAGAGGGACAUUGAUAGAUUUGUGUUUUGUGAAUAGAUAAAGAGGACUGUUUUGGAUAAGUAGGAUGAGAGGACUCACUCAAGAGAUCAAAAAGAGAAAUUCUAUGAUAAUGUGAUUUUGGCUACUUACAUUUGUGAUUUUGGCAAUGUGGUGCUUAAUUCAAUAAGACAAAAAACAAUAACCAUCAACAAUCCAGGCACUUUGCCAGUUGAGUUUGUUUUAGAUGGCAAGGAUACAAAUAUUGUACCAGAAAGAGUUUUGAAUUUACCAAGUGGUGCAAAUAUCACUUUGAACAUUCAAUAUUAGACGAAAAAGAACAUGGGUUUUGGACCAACUAAGACUGUAGUGCCAAUUGAAUUGAAGAAGGGUCCAAAGUUCCAUCUUGAAUUAGUGGCCAACAUCACUAUUCCUUAAAUUGUAAUUGAGAAUUCAGCUGAUGGAUAAAUUGAUUUUGGUAAAGUUCUGAUUGGGUAAAAGAAGAUCAUCUUCUUAAGAUUUGUCAAUGAUAAAGAGAUCGAUUGUGAAUGGUCUCAAUCCACUAGAUAAGAAUUGACAGCUGAUAAGAAAGAGGAACCUAGAUUUGUCUUAGUGCCUAAUAGUGGCAUAAUUAAACCAGGUGAUAAAUAACUAGUGGAGGCACAUUUCACUCCAUUGGUUGAAAGAAACUAUUCCUAAAAGUUCACUCUCAACAUCAAGGAGAAUGCAACACCUUAUAUAUUGAAUCUUAAGGGAACUGGAACAAGCAUCAAUUUAUAAUUCAAUCCUCAAUUGAUAAACAUUGGGCCAAUCUUACCCUAUGAUAAGUUUGCACAUUCUGUAUUGGAAAUCAAGAAUCCUACUGAAUUUGACACUGAAUUAUUCUCGUUAGAUUUUGAUACCCAAUAUCUUCAGGAUGAUGAAAUUGUAAAUAGUUAUCCAUAAUUGGAACACACAGAUUUUAUAUUGAUGCCUGUGAGGUCACCAGGACAACCAAUAUGGUUAGAUUUUUAGAAGGCAUUUACUAGAAGUAAGAGAAAAGAUCAAAUCUUGAAUAAAUUGUAAGAUCCUAAUGUUGAAAAUAAAGAAUAAUUGUAAAAAGAGUUAGAUGAUAUUGUAAUACAGGAAACUAUGAUUAAAGUCGAGUAUCCAAAGAAGGUCAGUGAAGAUGUCUUGAAAAAUAUUGUUAUCAUGGGGCCUCCUAGGUGUGGAAAGACUCAUUUAGCCAAUUAUUUGGAGUAGACUCACAGAAGAAAAGUGAUUAAUAUGAAUGAGUUAGUUCAAUGGAAUCAAGAGAAUUAGACCUAAGCAUAUCAACAACUAGAGCAAUAUUUAUAAUAGAGAUAAAACGAAAUUCAAUUUGUAUAAUAAGAGAGAGAGAAAUUACUAAAGAAAGCAGGAAAGAAAUCAAAGGAUCUUGAAGACAAGUGGGGACCAAUUCCAUUGCAUUUAUAUGAAUACUUGAGUGAAGAGAUUAUCGUAAAAUUGUUGAAAGCAAGAUUGGCUCAUGAGGAUUGCGGUGCAGGUGCUAUUUUUGAUAAUUUGUAAUCCAAAUAUUGGCCAAAUGAAUUAUAUUUGAUGAAAUGCAUCAUGGAGAUUGACUCUCAUUUAUAAGUGGUAGUAUUGAAGGAAUAAUAUGAUCAAUAUGGUUUUGAAAUCUAGAAAUUGAUUGAAUGGCCAGGAAUGGAGAAAUUGGCUGAAGAAGACAAACCUAAGAAAGAAGAAAUAGUGGAACCUAUUCCCACGUCUAAGGACAAGAAUAAUAAAACUCUGACUAAGAGAGGAAAGGAGUAAUCUUAGAGUGUAACUAAGAAGCAAGAAAAGCCUUUGGUUUCAUAAUUACAAUUAUAACAACAAUAAUAAUCAAGAUAGAAAUCAAGACCAAAGUCAUAACCAAAAUCAGCAGGAAAUCUAGUGGAAUAAAGUUACUAUGAUGUGUUUUACCCUGCUAGUUUUUAAGAUGAAAUACAGAAAUAGAAUUUCAAUGACUUAAUAACAAAAGUGAAAGCUUUGAUUGAGAAUAAAUAUCAUGAGAAAAUAGAAAUAGCUACUAAAAUUCAUGAUCCAGUGUUCGAUGAAGGAAAGAAGGAAGAGAAACCAUAAAAGCCAGCAAAGAAGGGCGAUAAGCCACCUGAGCCAGAAGAACCAAAGGUAGAGAUCAUAGAUUACACAUAUCUUCAAAAAGGAGAAAGAUCAUUAAACGAAGUUCCUUUCCAUUACAAUUUACCAUAGUUAUGCUAAACAGGAUUACAGGUAAUAGCAGCACCUAUAUAUCCAAAUCCAAAUUCGUUGCCAAUUCCUGAUCCAAUUUAUCAUUAGAUUGUGAUGAAGAAGAAAGACAAUCUUAACUAAUCUAUAUAAACAGGCAGAAAGAAGACAGACACAAAGGAGUCAUCAAUACAUCAAUCAAAUGCAACUCUUACUUAGACUCUGAAAUACUUUAACAUCCUCACACCAAAAGAUAUGUAUGUGAAGGAUUUCAAAAUGCAAUCUUAAUAAAAGACAGAUCAUGUUGAUGAUGACAAGAUCAAUCUCUAGGAGGAAUAAAAUAAACAUCUUGAGGAUAUCAAUUCACCAAGUCGGGAACAACUCUAGCAUCCUGAUUAAUUGAAUAAACCAGUCACUCCGUCAGUCAAAGCAAGAGCUAAUGUUACUUCGAGAUCGAUUGCAAAUGUAAGCAAGAGAUCGCAAUAGCAAAAGAAUCCAGAUUCAUCUUAAGGAAAUGAUCAGAAGUAUAAUUAUAAACUUGAAGAUUUAACUUAAAAACAAUACAGAUGGAACAUCCCAGCAGGUAGAACAUUGAUUUUAGUCAUCUAAUUCUUUACUAAGCAUACUGGUUCAUUUGAAGGCAGACUCAACUUUGAUAAUUUCUUUUCCAUCAAGAAAUCAGCUGCUGAAGUCAAAGGAGUUGCUGAUUACCCAUCUUUGAGUGGAUUACCAAAAUAACUGUUUUGGACUGUUAAGAAAGCAAGACCAGCUCUUGCACCUGAUUCAUACUUAAGCAAGGUUUAUGUAUAGAAUGAACAAAGUUUUGAUUUCGGACCAUUGCUCAUUGGAAAGUCUGAUAAGGUAGCCAAUCGAGCAAUCAAUAGCACAACAUUUAGAUUGUCUAAUUCUGGUAAAUUUGAUACUGAAUUGCAAUUCUCCCUAUUAUCAAGCAUCCAAGAGAAUAAAGAGAUUCAAAAAGGAGUAUUCACUUUGGAUUUAGACAAUUCCAAAAUCCAAAUGAACAGUGUUCCAUUGGAGCUAAGAGUGUGGGCAUUCCCAGAUAAACCUUAGAAAUUCAGAGAUGAUUUGAUUGUCUAGAUCAAAGAUAAUCCUUUGCCUCUCAUCAUUCCUUUGGUAUGCAUAGGAUGUAGACCUACUAUUGAUUUAAUUAAUCCUGACGUAAAAUUUGAAAGAUUGUUAAUUUCUUAAUCUGAUUCCAGGACAGUCACUAUAAAGAAUACUGGCAUGAUUAAUGCAAAGUGGAAAUUAACAGGAAUAGAGCAAUUGGAAGAGGAGUUCUAAGUGAUCAACACUUCAGGUGAAUUGGCUCCUACAAUGGAAGCUAAGAUUGAAAUUAGAUUCAGAGCAAUCAAGGAGAGAAAGUUAAAUUUGAAGAUAACUCUUGAAGUUGAAGAUGUGGAGAACAUGAACAUCAAGUAGGAUCCUAAGAUUAUUAAUGUGGAUGCUGAAGCAUUUUAAAUUUAAGUUGAUAUUAAGUAUCCAACACCAGAGAAUAUUUUAGACUUUGGUAGUGUCAAAGUGGGUGAUUUCAAAGAUCAAAUAUUGUAAGUCAAGAACAUCGGAUAGUAUUUGGUGAAAAUUAAGUGUCUAAUUAAAAAGAAGCUCUUCCCUCAAUUAUUUUAAUUGGAACCGAUGGAAACCGAUCUGAAUCCUGGUUAAUAGAAGGAUAUUUUGAUAAGGUUUUGUGGAGUCAAAGAGAUUAAGAUGAAGACCACAAAUGAUACAACUGAUCUAUAUUUGGAGAUCUUGGAAGGGAAAACACAAGAAAUCUAUAAGCCUGUUCCUAUCAAUGUGCAAUUCAAUAGUGUUUAUUCGAAGUAUUCAAUUAAUCCAUUAAAAAAUAUCAAUUUUGGACCGAUUCAAUUCAAUGAAUCGAAAGUAAGACACUUGGAGAUCAAGAAUGAAGGGUAAUUCGAAUUCAAUUUCACAAUAUUUGAUUAUGCAAAUGAAGAAUUCAGAAAGCAAUUGUUGGACCAAUAGACUAAGGAAGCCUAGGAAAAGAAGGAAUUGAUGAAGGCUAUGCCAUCUUCCUUGGCACCUGUGGAUCCUAAGAAGGGACCAAAGAAAGAUGAUAAAAAGCAAGAGAAGAAAUAGGCUAAGCCAGGAAAGAAUGAUCCACCUCCUGGGUAAUUGAAAAUUGGGCAAUGGACAAUCAUGCCUAGUAUUGGCACAAUAGCCCCAGACUCUUCUUGUACAGUGGAAAUCACAUUUGCAGGAUAGGGAUAGAAGAACUAUGAACAAAGAUUGGCAAUCGAUAUCAUUAAUCGUAAUCCAGAAGAUUAACCGAAUGGAAUUGAAUAUGAAGUACUGAGUGAAAGUUGCAUUCCAGGUAUUAGUACAACUAGUUAUGAAUCUAUUUUUGAAGAGCAAGUCGUAUUGCAAUCCCAAGUGAAUAAUCUAUCAAAUUUGAUUAAUUCCAAUGUCUUCUUCAUUGAGGAAAAGGUAUUCAGUUUUGGUACUUUGGUGCCGUCUAAAGUGUCCGAUGGAGUAGUGGAAAGGUUCAAACUCACAAAUCCCAACAAGAUUCCAUGCAGUGUUAAAUUAGAUGCGAGAAGAAGGCAGAAUUAUCCAAACGAUAACUUUGCAUUUGAAGUUCUCCCAAAAUAGGUCAAGAUAGCACCUCAUGAAAGUGUCUAUAUUAAGGUUGCUUUCAAACCUACAAUAAUGGCUCAAUAUUAUGGUAUUUUUGAGGCCAUCGUUGAGAAUGGUGAACAAAGUGCCAAGACUCAUAAAUUAUUGUUUGAUCUAAGAGGAGAAGGAGCCUUACCCACACUGAAAUUGGAGAGACCCAAGGAUUGGUUGGAUGAGAGAACGCCUGUUGUUAAAUUUGGCAGAGUUCGAUUGGGCAAGACUUUAACUCUGCCAAUCGUAUUGAAGAAUGAUGGAUAAAUUCCAGCCACUGUUAAAUGGGAUUUGACAGCAGUGAACGAACAUUUCAGAUUUUUAGAUCAAAACACAUUUACACUUACUCCUAAAACCACUUCUACUUUCAAUAUUGAAUUCACACCAAAGGACGUGGGAGUUAAGUAGCAUUAUUUUGUAAUGUAAACUCUACUGAAUCCCUAUGAAGUUACUAAAGUGGCAGUAACAGGAGAAGCAUUCUAAGAGGACAUUGUAUUUGAAAACUUGGAUGAUGAAGUCCAAUUUGGUGAUUGCAUUAUUAAUACAGAGAAGAAAAUAUAGUUUUUCCUUAAAAACAAUGGAGCCAACACAAUUCGAUUCUAAUGGAAUACAUAGGGUUGUGAAGAUUUUUCAUUCAUUCCAAGACAAGGUCAUUUGAAUACCAAAGAGUCUAAACCCAUCACAUUAAUAUUUAAAUCGAAUAGAAGCAUAAUCCACAAAUCAUUUGCCCUAUAGUGUGACACCAAACAAAUUAAUAAGAAGACUCAAUCUGAAUGGGAUGAUAGUAUGGCAACCACAAAGUAUGUCACUUUGACCGAAUACAAUUGGUUGAUGAAGAGAAGGGAGGAAGAAGAGGCUAGGAGAUUGGCUGAAGAGGCUGCCAACAAAAAGGGAGCCAAGAAGGUUGACAAGAAGGCUGUGAAAUAAGAGAUCAUUCAACCUCCUCAACCUGAGCCUGGAGAGGAAGCCAACAUUCCUAUUUCAGACCCAUUGCCUGAACCAGAAUAUCAGGUGAUUGAUAAGAGUGAUAAGAGUAUGCCAAUGAAGGUGAAUGCAAUUGCUGAUUUUGCAAAAUAUGAAAUCGAUCAGAGAAGUGUUUACUUUAAGGAGACCUUGAUGUACACCACUAGAGUCCAUUAAUUAAAAUUAAAGAACACUUCGUUGAUAGCCAUAAAUUAUAACUGUAAGAUAGUGUCAGCAGAGACUGGUGCCAUAGAUCCUGGAUACUUCUAUGUGUAUCCAAAACAAGGGAAGAUUGCUAGCAAUAGUGAUGAGAUGUUCACUAUUAAGUUCAGUCCUACAGAAGUUGAUGAGUCGAAUGAGAGGUUGUUGGUCAUCUCAAUAGACAAUUUGGAUCCCAAUUAGGAGAAGUUGAUAGUUGAAUUGGAUGGAUAAGCAGAACGACCAAUCUGUCAUUUUGAAUUGCCACCUAGCAAUUACAGAGAUAAGAAACCAGAUUUGGAAGCCAAAUACAAUGUGAUUGAAUUUGAGAGUUUGGGAUGCAAAGUUAAGAACACAAAGAGAUUUUAUGUUGUGAAUCCCACUUCAGUUGGUUAUGAAUAUGAAUGGAAGAGAAUUGAUGAUGAAAAGAAUUAGAAUGCAAACUACUUCAAAUGUAUCACAAUCAAGGGUGUAGUGUUGUCUGGCAAGAAAUCGGAAAUCAUCUUCGAAUAUUCACCUGACACAUAAGGACAACAUGAAAGUUAUUGGGUUUUCGAGAUUCCACAGGAACACAUUAUUUAAUAUUUCCUAGUUACUGGAAGUGUGGUUGAACCAAAUGUCAUUUUCAACGUUGGUAAGGGUCAAUUUUGGUCCCCUUAUUGGUACAAGGGAAGAAUAAAGAAACUGUUAUCCUUAAGAAUUUAGAGGAUGGAAUCUUUCCAUAAUCCAGAGUACGGAGACUCUCUUACCAUAACUCCAGUUUAAGGUACCAUUAAGGCACUUGGAGAUUAACCUAUUGAGAUAUAAUUUGCACCAAAAGUCGAAAGAGAGUACAAUUACAAUCUGUUAUGCAAUGUGAAGAGAAGAUAGAGACCAGUGACUUUGAAUGUUAAGGGAAUUGGGUACAUUCUACACAACAAUGUGUAUUUGAAUGGCGUGGCUGUGACUCAACAAAAUACAGUGGUUGAAUUGGGUGAUUUGUAUAUCAACGAGAAAUCCAGCAAACAGAUCACAGUUGAGAAUUAGGGAGAUUUUAAUUUCGAUUUCAGCGUUAGGAAAUCAGCUCAAUUAUCCAAUAUUGUGAUCAUCAACCCGAGAGAAUGGCACUGUGAAGAAGAAUGA